ACACUCCACUCUCGCACGACAGCAGCAGCGGCGGCGGCGGACUACCCACCGGUGCGGCGAAUCAACCCUCGCCCCCGGCGCGGUCUCUCUGUACGAAUGGCAGAAGAGAAGAAACCACACUUGCAGCCAGCGCCGUCGUGGUCAGCCCUCCCGCUGGACCUAGCAGGCCUGGUGCUCAGCCUGCUCCCCGAGUACGCCGACCGCGCCCGCUUCGCCGCAGUGUGCCCCCAGUGGCGUGCGGCCGCGAGGCAGCAGCCCCAGACCCCGCCACUGCCGCUGCUCACGCUCCCGGACGGCACCUUCUACAGCCUCCUCUCCGGCAAACCCUUCCGCUUCCCUGGCUGCGGCUUCGCUGGGUACAAGAGCGUCUGUGGCAGCUGGCUCGUCUUCCCGCGUGACGACGGGUGCUUCCUGGUCAAUCCAUUCUCUGGGGCCACCGUGACGCUCCCUGCUCUCUCCAACGUCCGACUCCGGCCUCCAAAUGCAGUCGCUAAAUGGUCAGGCCACGAAAGUGCAAAGAUUGCCGACCCUUACAUCACAUGGAUGCAUAUCAAUACAUCAGAACAGCUGCACAUAAGUAAGCUACUCAUGUGCUCGGCAAACCUUGUUGCUGCACUGGUUGGAAUUGGACACACCAGUCAGAUUCUAAUGUGCCAGCCAGGGGCAUUGUCCUGGUCAGUGCGUGCUUAUGAUCAGUGUAAGAGGUUCGAAGACAUGGCAUUCUACCAGGGAAAGCUCUAUGCCAUUGCUGAUGACGAGAACCUCCUUGUGGUGAACAUCAGCCAGGACCAUAGCACUGGCGAUCCACAGAUUUCUCGGAUUGGGCAAGUCAUUGAGGGUGAGCCAUGGUAUCCAGCUGUGUUUGAGGACAACACUAUGCGCUGCAAGAAGCUCUACCUGGUUGAAUCGCAUGGGGUGUUGCUGAUGGCACGAAGGACGAUCUUGUGCCGUGUACCUGGACCUGGAGUGCGCGGUGAAGUUGUUGCUGGACGGUUUGAGGUUUUCAAGGCUGAAUUUGAGCAUUCACGGUGGGUCAAGGUGUCAACUGUGGGGGCUGACCAAGUGUUGUUUCUAGGGCGAAGGUGCUCCAGGGCCAUGUCUGUGUCUCUGUGCGGAUUGUCGGGUGAUUGUAUCUUCUUCCUGGAUGAUGAUGAGGAGAAUCGUAUGGAUUACCGAUACGAUGGGGAGAACACCUCUUUCUGCUUCUUUGAGAUGAGAUCCAACGAUGUGUAUUCCGCUCAUCCAUUUAUUUCCUGGAAGCGUUGUGAUGAGAAGCGUCCGGCUGCAUGGCUCUUCCCUCAGGACUGAUGAGAAUGUGUCAUAGCAUUAUUUAUAUGCAGCUGCUCUCUGCAGGUUAUUUAUAUGUUGGUGUUGUUCCGGGGUUAUUCUUCAACCAGCUCUAGGUUAUCUAUCUGACGGUCAUAUGUAUGGUGGUUGGUAUGGUGUUCAGUGGUUUCCCUACAAGCCAUGAAAUGCAUUAGUAGUACUACCUGUAUUUUUCUGAACUUUGUUACUCUGUUAAGUGCUAUUAAUCAGUGCCUGCCUGAACUUACUAUGGUGGCUACCACUGCUAUGGUAGUUUUCAAUUAGUAAGGUGGCUUUUG